UCCAGGCGCACCGCCGCUGCCACCGCACGCACGCCCGCCACUUCGCUGUAGUUUAUACGCUCGCCGUCCCCGGCUCAUCCCCAAUGCAUGCAUCCAUCUGCCAAAGAUUUUCCAAUCAAUACAUUGCCAAUUUGCCAUGCCCCGCGCGCGCGCGCGCGCGUGCGAUCCUCCACUAGCUACGCACCGUGGCAAGGCGCCAUUUUCAUAGACUUCGCUAGGGUGUGCGUGACUUUGUCAGUGAGGUCGCCGCAGUGUAAACGCCAACCAAACUCCCACUAGCAGAGUAGCAGUCCAUCAGCACAUAAACCCUUCCAUUCCAACCCCAAUUAGCACUAGAUCGUCAUCGCUAUCGGCUGCAGCAAAGAAUGGCAGGAGCUGGGAGGACUAGGAGCACGGCCAUGGCGGCGUGGUCGUACUCGUCGCUGCUGCUGCAGCUGCUGCUUCUCUCGAUGGUCGCCGUACUAGACGGCGCGGCGACGACCGGCGGCGGCGGUGCCGGGGCGCCGGCGCCGGCGGCGGACUGCACGGACGCGCUGCUGAGCCUGGCGGGUUGCCUGAGCUACGUGCAGGAGGGGAGCACGGUGGCGAAGCCCGACGCGCCGUGCUGCUCGGGGCUCAAGGGCGUGGUGAAGAAGGAGGUGGCCUGCCUCUGCCAGGCGUUCCAGGGCAGCCAGAACUUCGGCGUCACGCUCAACAUGACCAAGGCGCUCCAGCUGCCCGCCGCGUGCAAGGUCAAGACGCCGCCGUUCAGCAAGUGCCACCUUUCUAUUCCGGGCGUGACUGGUGGUGCUCCUGCUCCCGCUCCAUUCUCCGGGGCUCCGUUCUUCGGGGGGUCGUCGCCUUCGGCAUCGCCUGCUGGGACAGGAAGCGACUCCGCCGCCGCCACCGUAAGAGCUCCGGCCCCAUCGCCGUCGGCUGCUGUCCGGCCCAAGGAGACAAAGGCGGCCUUGUUCUCUGCCGCUGUAAUCGCCGCCGCUACUCUGCUCGCGCACCGUGCCUAGUUAGGCUUUGGCCUGCACGGGUCCAUCCAACGAGCGUGUCGUUGCAGUUGUUGACUUGUGUGUUUGCAUAUGUACCGAGAUGUAUCUUGUGAGAGUUUUUCCCUCCAUAUUACUACACACUUAAACCAGCAUUUUUUACGUUCAUGACAAAGGUUCUCACA